AUGGCGAGCGGCGGCGGCGACGACGCGGGCGAGAAGCGCGUCACGGACCGCUACCUCAAGCGCGAGGUCCUCGGAGAGGGCACGUACGGGGUCGUCUUCAAGGCCAUCGACACCAAGACUGGGGAAACAGUUGCAAUCAAGCGAAUCCGCCUAGGGAAGUACAAGGAAGGCGUCAACUUCACUGCAUUGAGGGAAAUCAAGCUGCUUAAGGAGCUGAAAGAUCCUAAUAUUAUAGAGUUGAUUGAUGCUUUCCCUUACAAGGGAAACUUGCACCUUGUAUUUGAGUUCAUGGAAACAGACCUGGAAGCAGUCAUUCGUGAUAGGAACAUUGUAUUAUCUCCAGCGGACAUAAAAUCUUAUAUUCAGAUGAUGUUGAAAGGUCUAGCCUUUUGCCAUAAGAAGUGGGUGCUGCACAGGGAUAUGAAACCAAAUAAUCUACUUAUCGGUGCUGAAGGACAGCUCAAGCUUGGCGAUUUUGGUCUAGCACGCAUAUUUGGGAGCCCAGAACGGAACUUCACUCACCAGGUCUUUGCAAGAUGGUACCGAGCGCCAGAGUUACUGUUUGGCACUAAGCAGUAUGGAUCUGCCGUUGAUGUUUGGGCUGCUGGUUGUAUUUUUGCCGAGUUGCUGCUUAGAAGACCAUUUCUCCAGGUUCUAGUGACAUUGAUCAACUCGGGAAGAUCUUUGCGGCAUUUGGAACCCCAAAGUCUUCUCAAUGGCCAGACAUGGUUUGCCUUCCAGAUUACGUUGAAUACCAGUUUGUCUCUGCUCCCCCUCUUCGUUCGUUGUUUCCAAUGGCCAGUGAUGAUGCUUUGGACCUUCUGUCAAGAAUGUUUACAUAUGACCCAAAAGCAAGAAUCACUGCUCAGCAGGCUCUAG